CUUAUUUUAAGACUUCAAAUUUAUUGAGCAGGUGGUGACAUGGAGUAUUUUAUGCUGGAUAAAAUUACAAGAGAGUUAACACUGGAAAAGAAACUGGACAGAGAAAAAAUAGCUUUUCAUAAUGUAGUAGUGAAAGCACAAGAAACUUGUUCACAAGAGCCUGAAGCAGUUGCUGAGUUUAAUAGAGAUGAUCUAACAACUAUUAAUAUCACAGUUGAUGUUAUUGACAUCAAUGACAAUCCUCCGACGUUUACGGAACAAAGAUUUACAGGUGGAGUUAAAGUAACUGACAAGUACCAGAAACGUGUGGUACGAGUGCUGGCUAGUGAUCCAGAUGAAGGAGAAAAUGCUGUUGUCUACUACAAGUUGAUUGGUGACUUCAAGGUGAAAAAAGAUGAAAACAUUGAACACAUUGAGACACCUUUCUAUGUGAAUAAUGUAUCGGGAGAGGUCAUCCUUAACUUCUACCCUAAAAGUGACAUGAAGGGGCAUUUUGAUUUUGAUGUCAUGGCAUAUGACAAGGAUAAUUUAAACAGCAGUACUCAAGUUUUGAUCUAUCUACUGAGAGAAGAUCAACAAAUACAUUUAACACUCAAGAUAAAGGUGGAUGAUCUAUCAGAAGAGAAGAGAAUGAAGCUUAAAAGACUACUGGAGAGUGUAAUAUCUGAGAUAGUUAUCAUCGAUGAUUACAGAGCUUACACUGGUGAUGACAACCGAUACAACCCUCAAGAUUAUACAGACGUUUUGUUUCACGUUGUACAGAAGGAUGACAACUCUGUAAUGGAGGCAGAAGAAGCACUCAAAUUAAUUGACAAAUACUGGGGAAAUAUUCUUGAAAAUACUGUAAAUGACUUUUACAUUGUUGGAGCACAAAAAAUUAAAGAUGAUGACAUUUCUGAUUCGUGGGAAAAACAACUGAAAUUUAUUCUAUUUGGGGUUUCAUCUGGCCUCCUGUUAGCUCUCAUUAUCAUGUCCAUGGCUUUCUGCCUCAGAAUAGCUUCCCUCACAAGGAAACUAAGGGCUGCGACUGCCACAUCUUUUGGAUCUCAAGAUUCAGGCCUCAACCGGAUUGGUGUCAACGAUCUCCCAAAUACAAACAAGCAUGCUGUGGAAGGCUCUAACCCUAUGUGGAAUUGUCAGACAGAACUAAAGAAUCAAGAAGAUGCUUAUAGUGUGGAUGGAUCUGAGAACUCCCUGGACUUGAAGGACUAUGGUGGAUAUUCAGAUUUUACUUUUGUAAAUAAUUUAUCUGAUCCAGAUAUUUCCAUACCUCAGAACAUUAGAGUACAGCCUCCACUCGCAUCAGACAAGGAGAUGGAGGCAUUGGGAAUUCAAAACGAGAGUUCUCCACCACCACUGGUCUCACAACAGAACACGUUUAACACUCUGAAGAACAUGGAGAAUCAGUGGAGGCGCCGCUUAACCCAGGGAGCAGUUCAACCUCCUCCUCCUUAUGAACCAAACAGGAGAAGGAGCACAUUCAUUCCUUCCCAACCUUCUUCUGAGCUCUGAUUUCUUGAGAUCUGAAGAAUAAUGCAUCCUUAAUUUGAAUAAUGUUAAAUACCUGAGUUGUUAUCAAUAUCCUAAUUUUUCAUCAAAUAUUUGGUUUUGUUGUAUAAGGUUGUAGAGUUCAGUUUCCAUCAUUGGUACAUUUAAUUUUUUUAGUUAAAUAUCAAACUCAAAUCUUUAUUCCUCUUCAUUAUUAUCAAACUUGAUUAAUUGUGGAUUUCUCUUAUUUAGCUGAUACUGAUGAAAAGUAACAUAAUUAGUUGUGGAAGGUUCUGAUAAUUAUAAAUUUAAAAUACUUAUUUUAAGGGUCCAUGAUCGACAUGGGUCCAGGAGCAGCUUCCCAAUGUAUUGCUAUGCAUCUAGUCACUGAACAGCUACUGAAUAUAUGACUGAACAAGGUUUUAGAAAUGGAGGUGUAAAGCUAUUUCUGAAAACAGGCUGAAGCACUCAUACUAGGAAGUAAUAUCCGUAGAGAUAAUGAGUUAAAUCAGAAUAAUUAAUAAUGUUUAUAAAAUAUACCAUCCCUAAAAGGUUAUUUAAAUAUUCCAGCCUCCAUUUUUCAUAUCAGAAAUAAAUUGAAUUUUUAAUUUUAUAUAGAAAAUUCCAAUGUUAGUAGUGAAGUUUCUAUAAUUAAGUCUGAAUCUCUUGGUUAAGUGGUUAGAAAUUCGAUGUGGUUUUUCUGUAUAUGAAAUGUACAACAUAUAGUCUUUAAUA